AUGAAGAAGAAAGAUGGCCGGCUGAGUCGCGGGAUCCAGAAAGGCACAAGCUCGUUCGCCAAGAACACGAACCUAGAAGUGCUCAAGCUGGGCGCUCAAUUGGCGAUUGGGACCCAAGUGAUCCACGAGAAAGCCGAGGCUAUCCUCGGCGCAUCCACGGUCAAUCAUCCCCUUCGAGGCGAAACUAUCGACCACCAUCUCCCCCCAAACCUGGUUGCUCCGUCUUCCGAUCCCUCUCUCCAUCAUCAUCCGGAACAGAAGUUUUUCGAAUCCGUCGAAACUUUCAAUGGCUGGAAUUUUGGCAGCCUGGAGGUUGGCGCUACGAUGGCCGAGGAGAUCAUUUCCUGGGUAGGGGGGCCGAAUCGGGAAUGGUGGUGA